CUCCCAGGGUCUCAAAUCGGCCAAACUGAAGAACUACGAUCUGACGUCACUGCUUAGUCGAUCUGAAACUGAAUUCGAGAUUGAACGUCAAAUCGCCGUUGUCAUAGCAGACUCAUUUUCCUAAGAGAUAGACAGACCCCUCGACCCCUCCCCGGGUUUGAUUAGCAUCCUCUUUGACAACAUGGAGGACGAGGAAGCCUACGUGGAGUCGGUGACCGAGAAUGACUACGUGACACUGGAUGAGGCCGAACCGACCACGCCUCCCUCCCUCCCAAGUCAGAUCUUGCUCACCUUCAAAGAAGUUCUGAACCCGUGGUACGUUGUUUUCGUGGCUGUUCUGGCAUUUGUCAUUUACCAACGCUUCAAGGACCUGUUCGACGCCAAAUGGGCCCGAUGGCAACGAGAACUCCAAGAACGACACGAGCAGGCCCAACUCAAGAAGAAUCCCGACCUUUUCCGGGCCAAAAUGGAGGCCAUGGAAGCGGCGCGUCGACGAAUGCAAGACAAAUACGACCAAGAGAGCCGUGAGGCCGUGGCCAAGAUGAAAGAACGCGAAGAGGAGAAGCGACAACAACAGAUUCAAGACUGGGAAAAUCUUCAGCAAGGCAAAGGUUACCGCAAUAAGGUCAAAGUGGCCGAAGCCGAGUUUUCGGACGGGGUUAAUCGAUCCUCGCAGGCCAAGAAGAAAUCCGCCUUCCGACCGGAAUAUAAUCCUUUGAUGGGUGGCGCUGGAGGCAGUUCGGGAUAUCGGCCAUCCCGUCGAAGAGCCAAUGCUGGCGGAUGAGGUUAAAACCCGCGCGGAUGAGAUUCUUUUGAAUCUUGGAAGCGCUGGUUGAAUGACGAGACGAAUAUUGUUCUAUCUCCAUUUGAAAUGACAUCUCGUUCGCGAAAACCUUGCUGCAGGGUUGUGUUCGAGAUUGAUGUGGAACAUUUUUUUUCUCGCGUUAGACAACCUCGCGUGAUAAUGUAGUUGCAUUUGAGCGAUGUUUUCCUUCUCUCUAUUGUGGGAGAUUGAACUAAUUUAGUCCUUUUUGUGGGAGAAUAAAUGAAUAUCAAGAAUGAAA